AUCAUAGCACAGUAUCUAACAGAGAACAGUCAGAGUUUCAAAGCACUGGCUGAUCUCCGAUUGAAGGGUUGGAAUACUUCCGAGGGCGAUCGGUUUUUCCAAGCUCGUCGUGCACAAUCCGACAACGCCAAUAAAACACAGAAGCGAUUGCAAAGCUUCUUCAAGAUGACAUGUGAGAUCGGACAGGAAAUGGAUGAGAACACAUCAGUCAUUACACUCGCAGCAGUUGAUGGGAAUCAGUCCCCAAGAGUCCUGGAUAUCGGUAUGGCCCCGGGUGGGUUCACCCAAACUGUGCUCCGUAAACAUCGCGACGCCAGGAUACGGGGCAUCACAUUGCCAUCAAGGAUGGGAGGUCUGCGAGUUAUGCUGCCAGGAUGGAGGGACGAUUUGAAGGUUCGUAUAGAAUUCGCCGAUAUCACGAUGCUAGCAAACGAGAUGGGACGGCCAGCAACAUCCAUACCGACUCAACACCCGGACAUUGCAAAGUUCUCAUCAAAAAGACCGUUUCAGAACGAGACGUUUGACCUUGUGUUCUGUGGCGCGACGGGCGCAACGACUCGAAGUGCGCAUGCUGAUGCCGAACAUCAUGAGUCGCAUAAGAGGCUACGGUUAGCCACGAGCCAGUUAGUCUUCGCACUUCAGCGUCUACGCAAUCAAGGGUCACUGGUCCUAGUCAUGCAUAAGCCAGAAUCAUUCGAUACCACUGAGGUCAUCCGCAUCUUCACAAAGUGCUCAAGUGUGCGCCUUUUCAAGUCAAAAACGAAGCAUGCAAUCACUUCUUCCUUCUAUAUGGUGGCAAUGGGGGUGGAUACGCAGAGUGAAGAGAUGCAGUCAGCUGUUGUUAAAUGGAAGAAACAAUGGGAGGAUGCAACGUUCCAGUCGGAUGAAGCGCUCUCGACUUGUCCCCGCGCAUCUGAAGAUCAAGUUCGCGAGAUGCUGGCAGACUUCGGACCACAGCUUAUCGAUCUUGCCACGCCACUUUGGAAGAUCCAAGCUGAUGCUCUUCGAGCUUCUCCGUUUCUCAAA